UAUUUUCUGCUUAAAGAAACCGACGCUAAUGAAUAUUGAGCUUCGGAAGUCAACGAAACUUGGGUCGAUUGGUCCUGACUCGUCCUCCAGGUUCGAAUUUCAGGUAGUUGUCUUCUCGAUUCUUUUCCGAAAUGAAACAUUUUCGCUUACAACUCUUACUUCUGUUGGAUUACCGAGAAAAGCCAAGAAAACGAAAGACAUGAUCGUUAUAAUAGGAGGUAGAUUUGAUUCUGCCGGGAGGUUUGAUGAAAGCUCCGAUGAGCGGUGAUUCGAGGCCUUGAGAUGGUGAUCAGGUUAGUCUUUUGCUUGCUGUGGUCUGGUUCUGCUUGAUUGUACUCCGUGUUUUCUUGAAUGUUGUAACUGAAAGUAUAAAUAAGCUCGUAUAGGUAUUUGAUUUACGGUCUUGUGAGUCGACUUUUUGCAAUUGACAUGGUGUGUUAUGCUGUUGGAGUGGCUUUAUUAUGUUUAUGGAAAGCGGGCCAUUUGAGAAGUUGGGAGGCCGAAUUUGAAAUGUGAGUUGUGUUUUAUAAUUUGCAGGUAAUAUAUCAUUGCAUAGGUAGCUUUUUGCUCAUACGCCAGAAAUCACAUUGUCAGUGAUGGUUUAUAAUAUAGCACUUGACUUCUUUGUUCGAUACAUUAAGGUUUACAGCAUUUUAAAUUCCAUUUUAAGCUGCAAAUUGACGAGAAGUCAUUAAUUAAGUUGUUGUUUCCCAUUUAUCAUUCAUUAUUUCUCAUUUAUCCUAUACUGAAUGUGCUGUUAUUGUAGAAGUUUUCCCAUGGUCUUCAGCACAAUAGUGAGGAUUCAAUUUGGUUGUCUUGUACCAUAUCAGCUUGAAUAAACAUAUGCUUUUCAUGACAGGCAACGGUACCCCAAUAAGACAUGUUUUGGGAAAAAGCAAGAUGAUAGUGGGAUUACUAGAAGGUAUAUCAUUAUCCCAGUUUCUGAAACUGUAUGUAAAAAAAGAAUAGGCGAAAGAUAUGGUAAAGAAUGGAAUAGAAUGAACUUAAUGUAAACCAAUUAUAAUACUUGGCCUCUGUUUGUAAAAAUCCCAUUAACUUUUAUUUUUACUUGUUGCAUCUGAAAAUAUUCAUUCUAUUUCCUGGAUAAGGACCUUCUAGAGUGGGCAAACCUCAACUGCACUAUGGUGAGGUUGUUGCCCAGUUUCUGCAUCUCAUAACUUUCCAAAGGAUGAUGAACUUCAUUUGAGAUUGAGAUGAUAAAUUCUAUAAAAGCUAAGUUUUCCAAUUCAUUUGAUUUCGUGGACCUUCAAUUGAUUGGUGACUCUUGCCAGAAGCCUUUGACGUAUGUUGUUAUUGAUGAUUUGGGGGUUGUGAAAAAGGAUUUCUGCAAAGACUGGAAAUGGGAAUGCAAUUCUGACACAUAUGAAGGGAGAACCAUAUUUCUUUACUUUUGGAAAAUCAGAGGCCAGCUAAUGUUCCUGAAGGUGCUCAUGUUGAAUGGGAGGAAAAUUGGAUAUAUUGGUUUUGAGAUGCCACAGACUCUUCAAAGAAGGAAAAUUUGAACUUGCAAGAGCUAAGUAUGAGAAGGUAAUGAAGGUAAUUUUGUCUUCUUUUAAUCCAAAGUAUUUUGGAUGGGGUGACUGGUAUUUUCCAUUGUUUCUAUAGAUCUUAUCAAUCAGAAGGAAAACUAGUAUUGAUCUCAAUCAAUGUUUUGGGAUGAAAAUUGCUAUUUUUAUGUUGAAAUUUUACCACUUUCUUUUACUGUAAUUGCUGAUGGUUAUCAAUCAUGUUGCCCUAUUUGGCUGGCAUAAAUUAUAGUAUUUACCGAGAGGUCAUAAAAACAUUUAUUGUAAUCAUUUGACUUACCUGACCUACAAUAAUUAUUUUCUUUCAAGAUCUGUUGUAGAUGGACUUAAAUUCCAGGACAUACUAGCCAUUAAGUUUGUCUAGAAUCUUAUUCACAAACUUAAAACUUAUAAAAACUGUGCUAUUUAUAUAAACAAUAUUCUUCUGCUCUAAUGUGUUAAUGAAUCUGUUGUGCUUUCAAGCUGUCAUGACUCAUAAUACUAUGGUGGUUGCUCAACAGGUGCUUCGGAAAUUUAAUCAUGUCAAUCCACAAGAUGAUGACGAAGGGAUGGAAUUCGCAAAAACACGAGCAAGUGUUUUCUUUAUACUUUCCAUUUAGGAAUCCAAUGAAAUGCAAUUGUUGGAUUCUUGCAUAAUGAAUCUUCUAAUACUUCAGCGACCUAAUAUUCUGUGUUGUGCUAUCUUUCUGUGAAUGUAUUAAAGAUUUUCUUGUCUUUUCUUGUAUUGUAUGAAGAAUCUGUUGCACCUGAAUGUGGCUGCAUGUCAGCUUAAACUUGGAGAAUGCGGAAAGUGCAUUGAGACAUGUAACAAGGUACGUCUUGUGACUUCAAAAUGCGGUAGCCAUCUCAUCAUGCGGGAGAAAAAGACAUUUUGGCAAUAAAAUCAGUUAGCAUUUUCAAUAAUGAUUUAGCUGUGAGUUGAUUUUAUUGAAUGAGUCAACUGAGUGUAUUAUGUCAGAGUCAGAAAUGCAACCACCUCGCAUUGGCCUAAUGCUUCCUGUGGUUGCCCUCUUGGAAAGAAAGUGAUAUAUAAAUUCUUAACAAUGAAGUGUCUAUCUUUUGCUGCAAACUAUAAAUCAUUGGUUUGGCUUUAUCACAGUCUAAUGUCAACACUGACAGUUGUCUCGAACAUAUUUAGUCGAUUGGCAAAUGAAUAACAAAAAUAUCUAAUGAGGUGCAAUUAGUUAGGAAACUUUCCAUCAAACUUCGAAUAAAAUAACAUUUGGAAUGAUAUUUUACAUUUGAAGAAUGAUUUUCCCUUCAGUAUUAAUCAUGUUUACAGAGAAGGUAAUGCGCUAGCAGACAGUUUAGUAAAUUAUGGUGCUAUGGGACAUACUGUAAGUUUUCCAUCUGUCUUUCUAACAGAAUGAGAGAAAAGGCAGAGAAAAUAUGGAACUCAAUUGUAUUACUUCAUAAUACGUUUACAGAUGUGAGACCUCUUAUAUAUAUAGGCAUUGGUACAGCUUGUAUGCGAUACAAAAAGGGAAAAUUAAAACAGAUCAAGGAAUAUAAUUCGGUUACACUAGCUGUCAGAGAAUCAACAAAUUACACAGUCAAGGCAAUAUUCUUGAAGGUUCUGCCAGAUCAUUGUCCAGAUCACCAGCUGAGUCAUGAUGCUUGUGUAAUGCACUGCUGUGUUAAUACUUUCAACUCCCUAAACAUAUGAUUGCUCUGUUCUCUCUGGAUCGUGCAGGUCUUCCUACUAUUAGGCACUAAAUUUUCUAGGCUUUUCUUAAUCUUCUUGUAAACUUUAUAUAAAGUCUUUAUAUUUUUUAGGAACUUGGUUUGGGCUCUUACUUUCUCCUUGUAACCCCCCAAGUUUCAUUAUCUGUAUAAGGUAUUCCUCCAUCACAAGUGACAGUAAUCAAUAAAAUUAGAGUCUCUUCGACUAAACUCCUGCAUGCUCAUGGGUGUCAGACCAUCCUUGCGCUAUAUAUUUUCAACCGGUUUUAGUAAUUUAUUUCACAGGCCAAGGUAGUUUUCUUUUGUUUUUGUUUUAUAUAUCUAUUCAUGCUGGAACCAUGUAGGUUUUAGAUGCAAGCCCUGCACAUGUCAAGGCUCUGAUAUUUAUUAUAGUAGUAGUUGAUCAUUAAAUUCUCGACCCCAUGUAAAACUUGCUUUUCGAUUAGAUAAUGAAACUCGACAAGGCAUCUGAAACUGAUGCUACAGCUGCUCUUCUAAAACCACAGCAGAAGGAGCAGGUAGGUUGGAACACCCUCAAAAACUCACUUUUUAUCUGGAGAUGGAGUUGAAAAUGUUUUGUAUCAUAUCAUGUAUCAAUCCUUUGAUUUCAGGAAGUUGAGAGGAAGGCUUGGAAACAAUUUAAAGGACUAACUGACAAGAAACAAGGGGAAAUUGCAGAUGCUGGAGAUAGAGAAGAUCAUAACAUGUAGGUGAAAAGCCUGACAAGGUUGCUAAGGAGGAUUUGGAUGCGGAUAAUUCAGAAGAAUCACGAGAAGCUGCAGCUGAUGCCCGUCAAUUGGGUUUGUUUUCCUGCUUUCGGCCUAUCGGUAGACGUCUAUUUUCAGGUCUUGGGCUGCAGAGAUGCACCAUAUUAUGAU